AUGUCGCAGCUUGACCCCUUACCAAAGGAGUUGCCCUUCCGGAUUAUAUCCAAAACCGUUGGCCGCGGUGCCUAUGCUUCAAUAAAAAAAGCUAUCCCAUUAGAUUCAUCAAGUCCAGUGUUCGCCGUCAAGCUCAUUCACAAGGGAUACGCCACUAAGCAUGGCCGCAUCUCUGCAAAACAGCUUGCCAUGGAAGUCUCACUCCACUCGCACAUCGGCCAGCAUCCCAACAUUAUCGAGUGGUUUGCUUCAGGAGAAGACUCCGUGUGGCGAUGGAUAGCGAUGGAGUAUGCGGAAGGCGGUGACCUCUUUGACAAAAUCGAGGCGGAUGUUGGUGUCCGAGAAGAUAUUGCUCAAAUCUACUUUCUCCAGCUGGUGGGCGGCGUGAGCUUCAUGCACUCCAAGGGCGUGGCACACCGCGAUCUCAAGCCGGAGAAUAUUCUCCUGUCUCAGGAUGGAAGCUUGAAGCUGGCCGAUUUUGGAAUGGCAACCAUGUUUGAGUACAAGGGCCAGCGCAAGACCAGCUCAACGCUAUGUGGCAGCCCGCCAUAUAUCGCGCCGGAGAUUCUUGCCUGUGGGAGAGUGGAUAAGAGGGCACCCAACUCAGCCAAGUAUUCACCAGACCUCGUCGAUAUAUGGUCGUGCGGAGUCAUCCUUUUCGUCUUGUUGGUCGGCAACACGCCCUGGGAUGAGCCGUCGUCGUCAAGCUGGGAGUUUGGCGAGUACGUAAAGACUUCAGGGAAGAGCUCAGAUGCGCUCUGGGAGAGACUGCCUCUGGAUGCGCUCUCCCUUCUCAGGGGCAUGAUGUCCGUCGACCCUCAGAAACGCUUCACUUUUGCUCAGAUACGACAGCAUCCUUGGUAUACGCGUCAUAACCCGCUGCUCACUGCUGACGGCAGAAUACUCGACCCCAUUGGCUUGGCCACCAAGAUGCUAGAAAACCUGCGAAUCGACCUCAGCCACAUACCUACGACUAAACAUAACUACCUCCCAACAUCUCACGAUCCGACUAUCGAUUCUGGACUCAACGCCGGGCGAUUCUCGUCUACCCAGCCGGAAGCCCCAGUUACUCCCAUCAUUGAUAAAGACUGGGACUGGGAGGCUCCCGUUCUUCGAUCCAGGGCCUUGCCGUCGUCUUUACCUACGGGCUCCUAUAAUGCUCGUCGCAUGCUCCUUGACACCCUUGCGGAUGAGCCCUCCAUGUCACAGUUCUCACAAAUCCCGGGGCCGUCCAUGACGCUGACACAGCAAGCUCGACGAUUCCGUGACAUUUGCCCUCCCGAAUCUCUUACCCGCUUCUUCUCCCAUGUACCCUCUGCCCAUAUUAUCCAGAUGCUCAGCGACGCACUGCAUCAACUAAACGUGCCCUUGGCACCCGUCACGCCGAAUCCCAACAGUAGCCCCAUAGUCACCAUCAAGAUUCGUGCCGUCGAUGGUCGUCGACAGAGUCUACACGGAGAAAUAUGCGUGGAUAAGCAGCCGCUCCCAGAUGGCUUCGAAGUGCUAGACAUUCGGUUUGUCAAGAUCAAGGGAGAUCCCCUAGAGUGGCGGCGAUUCUUCAAAAAGGUGGUAGUGCUCUGCAAGGAUGGGGUCUAUGUCCCGGAAGCUUAG